UCUAUUAUCUAUGUCCAUUAUACAUUUUUGUUGUGUACCAUAGCCGAAAGGUAGAAUGUUGUAAAGUUUGUUUUGAUAGUGAAAUAAGUAAUAAUUUUUAUAUUUAACGGUGCGAAAUUUCACGAUGUAACUUAAUAAAUUAUUCAACGGGACAUUGUAGUGGAUAUCUGUGAAAGCAAAUGUUGACUUUGGAUAGUAUUAUUCUUUUGCUGUUGCUGAAGACGUAUUGUCAUUUGAAUGUCAGUAAAUCCAGCUACAGAAAUGGACGUUGAUUCGCCCGUAGGACCCCUCAAAAGGUGCUCCAGUGCUCCAACAAUUAACGAAAAUAAUUCCACAAUGACUACAUCCCCAUCAAUUAAUCAAACACCCAGCAGAGAGGCACCAUCGUUUAAUUUGUAUGGAUUUCACAACCAGCCACGGAUAAGAAGAUUUAGUGCAAGCUUUACACCUAUAUCUGGUUCUCCAAACUGUGGUUUGAGAUUAACACCUCGCAUUAGUCAAAUACGUCAGGAGGAAUAUGCUGAUAUAAGUAAUUUAAGAGAAUUGGCUCAUGAAAGAGAAGUUCAUCACAAUAUGCAAAUUUCUCAAUCAUGGGAAGAUUUAAGACUGGUUACAGAUUCAAAUGAACAAAAAGGGACAAAAAUGGGUCCUUUACAUGUUAGCCUACCAUGUUAUGGUACAAAUUGUAACUCACCAUCUCCAACGAGGUUGAGUUCGCCAGGUUUCCAAAGUCCUACCAGAGGAAGUCGUACUUUCGUUCGACGAAGUGCCAGCCCUGUCCUCAGGCCUAGUCCACUUGGAGUUAAGCGAAAACUCGACGACGACACAUGUCAUUUAAGUCCACGUGCUAAACGAUUGAAUAGCUUUAGUUCUUUUGAAAGAACGGGUCUAUUAACCACUACUUCUAGUCCUUUAUUUGGAUCGUUGAGUUCUACUGGAACACCAGAAUCUGUUUCAAGUGCAGAUUCUCCGAAUUUUCACUUUCGUCUAAUGGAUAGUCCUUCACCAAAUCCCUUGCCUCCACCUGAACCAAUGAUUCUUUCUAAAACCGAUCAGAAUAUGACUGAAAGUCCUAGCUAAAGUGCCAUAUAUUAGAUUAUUUUUUAUAAUAUAUUUAU